AUGGAUCUUAAAGGUUCAUUAGUUGAUACAAAUGUUAGGAUUUAUCCAACAAAUGGCUUUUUGGAAUAUAUUAAAGAAAUCAAAGAUGACAAAGUACCAGAAAACAUAUUGAAAUUAAAAAAUGGAAGUGACUAUGAAACAAAAUGUGAUGUAAAAGAUUUUGAUUAUUUUGCUAAGACUGUGAACUUAACCAAUGAAGAUAUUGAACUACUAAGGACUAUAAAGAAAACAAUAUCAAGAGGUUCUGCUGUGAAAAUAAAUAAAACAGAAAUAGAGCCUGAGUUUGUUGAACAUGAUAAAAUAAAAACAAAUAAAACUAAAUCAAUUUCAAAAAACGUCACUGACAAUUAUGAGAAGCUCACAGAUAAAAAAGAAAGUAUUGAAAAUUCUAAAUCAAGUAAUAAUACAAUAGGUAAUGAUAGUGAAGCUGAUAAAAAUAAAGGAACAUAUUUAACAACUUCAGAUGUCUAUUGGUUAUAUCAGCAUCUUCAACAAAGGAGGAUUAAUGGGGAAACUGUUCCAUACCUACAUGAACUUUUAGAAGGAGCUACAAUUGAAAUGCCUGGAAAUAAAGUACUUAAGAGAAAUCCUGUUUUAGAAGCAAGAUGUGUGAAACUUAGAGCUCAGCAGGAAGCAAGAGAAUACAGAAAAAUGACUAAAGGAGUAGAUAAUGUUAGAAUGAGAUUUCCAGAAGACAGUAUUUCCUAUCAAUUGAAACAGGUAAAUCGACAAUUGAUUGCUAUUGGACAGUUCAUUAUUUCAAUAUUUGCUGGAUUUCUCUUUGGGUUCAAAGGUGUUGAAUGGAUGAUUGGCAGUUUAGAUUUUGGAUUUCGCCUUCUUCUCGGUGUUAUGUGUGCAUUAGUAAUAGCACUAGCAGAAAUAUAUUUCUUAGCUAAAAAACUUAAUGAAGAACUGAAUAUACCUGAAACUGUUCAAUUAGGUGGACCUCCAAAGUUUGUGGAUGCAAAGAAAAAUGAAUAUUUAGUCAAAGAGCCAAAAAAAUCGACAGAUAAGGAACAUCAAGAGUAAUAGCACAAAUAAUAAUAAUGUUGUAGUACAGAAUUGGAAACAAAAAUACUUUACUUUCAGACUAGGAAUUAAUUUUUGUUGUUUAAUUAUUAAUCCAUAAAUAUGUAAAUGUAGCAACCUAAUCUUAUGUUCAUGUAUUGAAGCAAGUACAAUGUUAUUUAGUUUACUUUAGUUAUAUAGAUUAAGAGAAUAUAUUGUUUCUUGACACAUAUUGCCUUUUUGCAUUAAAAGUGUACAAUUUCCAAAAA